AUGGCCUACGACGCCUACGGCCGUCCGCUGCGAAGCAAUGGGCAGCCUGGCUAUUUCGAUCCGCUCGGUUCCAGCGCCCCUGAUUACACGAGCCAUCAGCAGACUUAUUACGACCCGGAGCCUCGAGAUAGCAACCCUCCUUUUCAUCACCGAGAUCACCUAGAACCCGCAGUCCCUCGCAGACGAGAAUCUCCCAGCAAGAUGGGGACGACGACGACGACGGGUGCUGAGCAUGCCGAUCAGGUUGGCCCCGAUGGAGUCUCGCCAGAGUUGAUAGCUGCGAUUACCGAAAAGGUCAAGAGAGAAGUCUUUGAACAACUGAAGCAAACUGGGGCUGUUGAAAUACCGUCCCAAGCUCCACCUGUGCAUAGAGAAGGAUCGAGCGACACAUCUUCCCCUCCACCUACUGCUCAAAGGGUCUACACGCCUCCGUCCCCGACCCAGAAGAGCAGGCAGACAUACGCCCAAUCUUACAUGCCUCCAACUGUAGAAUCUGCGCGAUCGAGCCCGGGCAGCCCACUAGAGGAAUUGGCUGGAGGAAACCGAUCUGCAGAUAGGCAACCACUCGCCCCAAGCAGCCCCCUAGACAAGCCUUCUGGAGUACGCUUCUCUGAUCGUGGGGUUCCGACUCGGCCUGCUGGAGGGAAUCGGACAUACUCGACCGUGGAGCUCUCUACAAUCGACCAGAAAUGGGGAAGGCUCUUUGAGACUGAUGGCAAGCCAACAAAGAGACUGGGCCAGUUCUUUCGAGGACUGGCAAAUUACAUUAUUGAGGAGUUCUCGCCAAAGAAGACGAUUGUUGUUACUCCGUCCAAGAUGGCUGCGUACUAUGCUGCCCAUUCAGUGGACAAGGAACCUCAUCCCCUUCUGACAAUUUUCCGAGCCCAGUCAAAUGAACACAUUUCCCGACUGUACCAAGACCUAGGUUGCGAACACCACUUGACUCAAGAGGACUCCCACUCGGCACCGACUAUUCCAUCUCUCACUGCCGUUGGAUUCGCUCACUGGAUGACUAUCAAUAUUUUGGCCUACCCAGAAGAAGAAUACAAGAGGCUCGAAAAAGUGGUCAUCGCCAUGCCAAUCGAUGCCGAUGGCGACUUGGUAGACGGAAAGCCAGAACGUCUGCCCAAGCAAAUCUCGCGAUACCUACUACCCGAGCGAGAAGAUCGAUCGUCAAGGAAGCUUCUUGACAGAGCCAUAGAAAACUUCCUCGACGAUCUCGGAUCAUCCAGUCGGCGAAAACCAGCCAUCACGAGCCCACCCCUCAGCCGGCAUUCCUCGUCCUCUCAAACACGCUCCCAUCCUCCCGUCGAAAUCCACCAAAGCCGCAACUCUCCCACCGCAGCAAAGGCCCAACCCAUCGAACGGGAACGCAAACCCUACGGCGGCGUUCCCUCCGCCUCUGAAACAUCCAUCAACGCCGAAGAAAGCGUCAAAAUCGAGCGCGACCGCCAGCCCUACUCAGCUCAACCUGGCAGCGGGAAGAUCCAUGCCGACAACCUGAACGUGAGCUCGCGCCCAGCUAGGGCUAGUUCCAUCAGCAGCCGCAACGACGAAGGUGAGAACCUGCAGCACAUCCGCACCAAUAGCACCACUUCCCAAAAUCGACAUCCGCCGCGUGCUGGAGGAAAUCGAAGAAGCAGCUCGCCCCCGUUCAAAAAUUUCAGCCAGUCUAGCCCAGAUGACAUCCACUCCUCCAAAUACGGGCCUAGCCCUAUCUCCUCGUCUUCAGGCUUUAGCAACAAUCCGUCUUCAGCGUUCUCUCCCGGCCAUCGGGGCUCUGACCCCGUGUUUCCCCCUCCGCCUUCCGGUCCACCACCAAUAGAUAUCUACCGCCGCUCUCGAGAUGAUCGACAUCGCCGUCCUGGUAACGAAGAGGAUGACGCCAGAUUCACAUCUCAAUUUAACAGUCCCCGCGACGCCGAGAAAUGGGACCGCUACCACGAGCAAGAAUCCUCUCGAGGCUCAGCGUACGAACGAGGAUCUGCACCCAUCGAUCCCCGGGACAGAGGCGCCCCCGCGGAAGAGUGGUAUCGGGAGAAAGGACGGGGCCCGGAGUAUAACGACCUCUACGGUGGCGGAAGACGGUAUUGA